GCUACGGGUGUACACCUCUUUUGUUUGUACCGUCGUCGCUUCGGUUGCAUUCAUUGACCUGCAUGUAAGCCCUGGCAGUCGUGUUAUGAUCAGGGGAGGGGGGAGAUAGAACUCUUUUGAUCAGAGGCACUCAGUAUCCCUACGAUGCGUAGGCCCGACGUGGAAAAUCGCUCGUUCGAUUCUCUCCUUACUGAAGUCGCGGACGAAAGCGUGGAGUUGUGGAGAGCGGGUUUAAUCCGCGUCUGCCUACUUACAUUCUCCUUGAGUGCAGCAGAGGUACUACUUCAUUCGCUUGGCGGCGUGGCGACGUAACGUAAACCCAGCCAUGUAGAUGAGGGAAUAAAGUCUGGGUUUUCUGCCGCACACACACACACACACACACACACACACACACAGUGAGAGAGAGAGAGAGAGAGAGCAUUUUGGGGGGGAGGAGAGGGGAUCGGCGGGGAAACGCAGUGAUGUCCGAUUCGACGCGUCUCAUUUCAAUCUCUUGCCGUUGCUUUUUGUGUGUUUAGUGUAUGUGUGUGUGUGUGUGUGAGAGAGAGAGAGAGAGAGAGAGAGAGAGAGACGAUCUGCGGGGAGGAGUGAUGUCCGAUUCGAUGCAUCUCAUUUCAAUAUCUUUCCGUUGCUGUUUGUGUGUGUGUGACACAGAGAGAGAGAGAGAGAGCGAGAAGAGCUGGGGGGGGGGAACGUAGUGAUGUCCGAUUCAAUGCAUUUCUUCGCAAUUUCUUUGUCUGUGUGUAUGUGAAGACGUUACAAGAAUGUGUAUGAAAUCGACUUCUGAGCAUGUGGGGAAGUGAUGCAUGGAAAUUGCUGCUCUUUGCACACAGGCGGAGAAAAAAACGCCGUGUGUCGUCGCUUCGUAAGUCUUUUUGCGUUCGCGCACUAUUUGGACUGUUCGCCGCAUCCUCUCUGUUUAUUCUUACUACCGAAUCCGUCGGUAUGGCAGUUUACUCACUGUUGGGACGCAUGAGCCUGAUUAAGUAAUUGCUGUUCGUGAUAGAGAAUGUGCCUCAUGUGCACCCCCCCCUCCCCCGGCGAUUUGCGCAGACGAGCCAUUCAGUCCGGUAGUGGAGACGCUCCGCACAGAUAGCGGAGAUAAAAUCAAAGGGAUUAGUCUAUUGGAUAGAUGCAAUCGUUGCUGUGCUGAUUUGGUUGAGAUGGGUGAAUAGUCGGAUAAAGACCUACGACCGCUAGGGUCUGCUUGAAGUCUGUGUAUGAGUGUGUUCGGACACAGUCACACUCGCACACACACACACACACACACACACACACACACACGGAUGCACGCACGCACACAGAGAUAUACACACGCAUCACACACGCAUCACACACGCACACUCAUCCAUACCUAAAACCAUCACCCACACACACGCACACACACACGUACACAAAGGCGCGCAUGGAGGUGUUGCUGCCCUACUUAUGCUCGAGACUGAUCUGUCUAUUUAUUAGCAUGCUUGCUAGUGCUUGUCCAUUACUAUCUCUGAAGUGAGUGGAUCGUCUUGGAUGGCUUGACGCGUUAGAGAGGCAGCUGUACGGGGAUGGCACCGAUGCCAAAGUAUCACGUGCGCGAGUGGAGUGUGUGCGAAGCCCAUCACAAGGAUCUCUACUGUAAGUGGGACUGGUCGUGGUAGGCAGCUCAGGACUUCGCUCCUGUUCAAGACAAUGGCGAUGAGAGUGGAGUGCGGACAAAGAUAAGAAUGGGGUGCGGACAAAGAUGAGAAUGGGGUGCGGACAAAUUCGACUAUCUUCUCUCCUGUGCGACUGCUGCUGCGCAGGCCACGAUGACUCCCGCUGUGGAGGUGCUGAGGAGAUCGUCUUUUUUUGGGAGUUGAAAGCCGGAGGAGGAAAGGCGAGAGGGGAAGGAAGAGGAGGAGGAGGAGGAGGAGAGAGGCAAGCAGUUGCGGACGAGGCGUUCUAGGUCUUUUCUGUGUUGGGGGCGAUCGUACGGAAUUACAUCUGGGCGGGGCAGUAUCAUCCCGUCGUCAUCAGUGCUUUUUUUUUUGGUUACUUUUUCGGGAAAGUGUAAAAAAUUGAGUUGUUGUUCUCUGUCCUCAAUGCAUAGUUAACUGGUCCAUGUAUCUCGUUUCACAAUGACGUCUCGGUUCAUCCCUUUUCUCUCUCGUUCGGAUUCAUUUUUCCCUUCCAUCCAUGCUUAUAUCUCGUUAUCAGUGCCUUCUUGGUGUUCGGGUUGCCUGCGUUGCUCAGUGCGUGUGCUCACACUGGAAACUUUUUGAAUGAGCUCUGGACUUGUUUCACAAUGACGUCU